AAAAUCAUCAAAUAGUGUUGCAGCCAAUAAGGUAGACUGCUCACAUCCCUCCACGCCCUAAAAGACAAUACCUCCAACUCAAAGUUUGAAACUUUCUUGUCUACUUUUCUUCUAGCUAUAUCAUCUCAGAGAGAAAUCAUGCACCAGAAAUUCAUUUGAGACACAACCAAAGUGAAGAAAACAAUGUUUAGUUUCAGAACGGACCAAUCUCUUCUUCUCCUUUCAACUUUCCUCUUCAUUUCUUCAACCAUAUUGUUCUCCCUUGCUCAUGGACUUGGUAUUCAUGGAACCAUUGAUGAAGACGAGUACGGUGUCUUUUCAUGGGCGAUGAGAAGGUCUGUUCUUGAUGAUAACAAUGUUGAACAUGUAGAGGAUAACUCAACUUUGAUAUUGGCUGCAGACAGAACUCAUAGAAAGGACCCUCUCGACGAUUUUAACUAUUAUAAAGGUGGAUGGAAUAUCAGUGAAAAGCAUUAUUUCUCUUCUGUUGGGUUCACAGCUGCUCCCCUCUUUCUCACUGGUGCUAUAUGGUUUGUGGGAUUUGGCCUAUGCUUGUUAGUCAUCAGUGUAUAUCAUUGCUGCUGUCAGGGCCGCAGUUACGGCUAUUCUCGAACUGCCUAUGCAAUUUCGCUUGUCUUUCUCAUACUCUUCACCAUUUCGGCAAUCAUUGGAUGUGCUGUUCUGUAUACCGGGCAAGGAAAGUUCCAUAGAAGCACAACAAAGACAUUGGAAUUCGUUGUCAAUCAGUCAGAUACUACUGUCAGUAAUCUUAGGAUAGUAUCAGAUUAUCUAUCUGCAGCCAAGUCAAUCGGGGUUGAUCAAAUACAUCUGCCUCCCACUGUCCAGAAUAGCAUUGAUGACGUUGAUCAGAAAAUAAAUUCUUCAGCUAGCAAUCUUGAAAAGGAGACUGAGAAAAAUUCAAAUGAUAUACAACAAAUAUUAGAUGCUGUAAGAAAAAGUCUAAUCGUAAUUGCUUCUGUAAUGCUGCUCUUGGCCUUACUUGGUUUCUUACUUUCAGUUAUCGGCAUACAAUUUCUUGUGUACAUAUUGGUAACAUUGGGGUGGAUCCUUGUCACUGGCACAUUUAUUUUGUGUGGCAUAUUUCUCAUUCUCCAUAAUGUGGUUGGAGACACCUGUGUUGCAAUGGAUCAGUGGGUUAAAAACCCUACAGCUCAUUCGGCUUUGGAUGAUAUUCUUCCCUGCGUAGAUAAUGCAACUGCCCAGGAGGCCUUGUCUAAAACCAAAGAAGUAACCUUCCAGUCAGUUGCGGUUGUUAAUCGUUUCAUCACUAAUGUGUCUAACAUUAACUUUCCGCCCAGAGCCGAACCUGUAUAUUACAAUCAGUCUGGUCCCUUGGUACCUGUCCUCUGCAAUCCAUUCAACUCUGACAAGACUGACCGACAAUGUGCCACUGGUGAAGUGGACUUUACCAAUGCAGCUCAGGAAUGGAGGAAGUACAUCUGCCAAGUUUCAGCAAAUGGUAUUUGCACUACUGUUGGCAGAUUGACUCCUGUUUUCUAUGACCAGAUGAUGACUACUGUCAAUGUAAGCUACGCGUUGUAUCACUAUGGUCCAUUUCUUGUUCAGCUGGGAGAUUGCACUUUUGUUCGCGAAACAUUUAGUGGCAUCACCGAGCAUCAUUGUCCAGGCCUGGAGCGUUAUAGUAAAUUGAUAUAUGUAGGGUUGGUUAUGGUUUCUGCUGCAGUUAUGCUCUCUUUGAUCUUCUGGGUUCUUUAUGCCAGAGAAAGGCGACACCGGAAGCACACCAAAGAGUUAAUAGCCACAAAAUCUGAGAUGUCUUAGAAGAGGAGAAAGUUAUGCAGUGAGAUUCAGAUUUGUAUAUGUUAAUUUAAUCAAUUCAAUUUAUAUAUGCUAUAGAAAUAUUUUAGAAUCAUAGUUGUUCUGCACAGCAACCAAUUCUCCAAGCUGGUGGAUUUCUAUGUAUUUUUGCAUAUGCUUGAAUUUGAUGAGGAUGAGAUUACAUAGUGGCUAGUGGCUAUAUUGUAUAUGUGAGCAAGUGUUUGCUAUAAGAUGAGCAGUUAAGCUUUUAACACUUUGAUAAUAAAG